AUGGUCCGAGCGUCCGAAGCCUUCCCCUUGUGGGAUGAAUCUCUAGACCUGAGCGAAAUCCUCACUGGCGGUCCACGGAAACUACUCGAAAGCUACUCCCACAUUCCUCCGUCCGACGUAGAAAGCCAUGUCAGAGCCAUCGCUAAAAAAGGCUGGGACAUCAGAGACUAUCCAUGUUUUCGGAUGUUCUGGUUUCUCGACUUUGAUUUGUCUCGCUCGCCCCAGUAUGCGAGGGUUCUGGAGCUGCUCAAGUCGGGCGCGUUGUUUAUUGACAUAGGCUGUGGAAUAGGCCAGGAUAUUCGCCGUCUCGUCUAUGAUGGCGUUCCAGGACAGAAUCUCAUUGGGCUUGAUCUGUAUGGCGGGUUUGUUGAUCUGGGGUUCGAACUGUUCCGGGACAAGGCGUCGCUGGGGGCUUCGUUUCUCAUCCAGAGCUUUUUCGAUGACACGGCCCUGUUCCGGCAGGUGAUGGGCCAGGUUUCGGUUGUCAACUCCGGGUACUUUAUGCAUCUAUGGGACUGGGACGGACAGAUCAAAAUCGGGCGGAGGAUGAUGGAAUUGCUGCCGACUGCAGGGGGGCUUGUGACGGGAGUCCAUUUUGGUAGCAAAAGAUCGGGGAGAUGGAUUCCUCAUGGGGGGAAGGAGAUGUUUCUCCAUGAUACUGAUACGCUAACUGCUAUGUGGACUGAGAUUGGGGAAAUGUCUGGUGUUCGGUUAGAUGUAGAAGCUGUCAGCCAGGAGGAUGUAAAGUGCAAAUACUAUGAUCCAGACGGGUUCAUUAUAAGGUGGGUCGUGCAAGUUGAGAGUCGUGCGAACUGA